AAUUUUUCCUGUAUUCAAGGUGGCUUGUAAAUAUAUGCCAGAAUGUCUGAAACCAUUCACUGCAUUACAUUGUCAACACCCUAGUUUUAGUAGAACACUGAAGCAACCAUACAGUACUGGAUUGAUUGGCAGUAUAUGCAAGGUCCAUACUGAUCCAAGUAUAAAUGUUAGGACUGGUUUAUUGAGACCUAGUAUUCCAAGUAUUAUCAAAACGCAGCCAGUCACACAGUGGAGUUGGAACAAAUGCAAAAAGAAAACUGUGAAAUCAGUUAUCCAUAGGUUUUACAGACUUCAUAAUGGUAUCUGGGUAAGAAGAAUCGCUGGUUCGAACAAGAAAGCCUACAAGAAGACUGGAGAAAGACGGAAACGUCACAGAUACAACGUUCUAUGUAAUCGCUAUCAGUCCAAGGUUCUUGAUAGAAUGGUAACACCAUAUUGGUACCGCAGACGUUACUAUAUUGAAGAUCCAUGGGAGAAAUACCACGAUAGGCAUUUUACAUUAGGUCCAAAGUGGUCCGGUUAUGACCAAACCAAGGUCUACCAAGCUAACCGAGUACCAGAAAAUAUGAAGAAGUUUGUACCUCCACCCAGACCAGAAUAUGAAUAUAGAUAUGCUAAGCCCAAUAAACUUACAGUACCAGAUGGGAAGCCACCGAAGUUGAAUUGGAAGGACAUUGAACAGUACAAAGGGCAACACAAAUGGACAGAAUGAAUUUACAGAAUUCAAGGAACGUUUAGUCGUCAAUUGAAAUGUGUGGUUUGAGAUUAGAAAUGCUGAUUGUUGAGCAUUGAGAAGUAAUUUACUGCACUGCAGGGCUAAAAUUAACACAAGAAUCAACUUUAAUAGAAUAAAGAUAUUUUUGUUUUAUUCACACAUUUGUUCUCCAGUUACAUCAGUAAUAUGUAAUUCACUACAUGAUGUAUCACACAUAUAUGUACAAUUUAUUAUAAAACAGCAAGUCAAUUAAAAUUAGUUUAUCAACCAUA